UGCUCAUAUAAAAAUGCUAAUAGUUUGAAAACAAGCACAUGAACCCCUAUUUUUUAAUGUUUGUACCUCUUAAGUAUAGAUUCCUCUACAACUUUGCAAAUUUAGGUGAAAAUGACAUGGAUUUUGAAUAAAGUGCAGCAUUUAUUGUACUUUUGUAGUCUGUUAUUGAAAUUUCACAUUUUUGAGUUUGGGUUUUUGUUAUCUUUUACGCCAUUUUUAAGAACUGACUGUGCUGUUAGACUUAAAGUUGCAAACAAAUAGCACAAUAAUUAGAUUCUCUAUUCUAACGAUACAAUUAUUAACUCUCUUGCGAAAUUUGAAGACUUUUUCAUGUAUUUUGACUGAGUAAUAGAGGUUUAAACUCAUUGUAGUGAUCUUGCGAGGUCUAAAAAUGCCAAAUUCUUUUGAAUGCGCAAUUCUUAAGAACAUCAAUUUGGGUGAACUUUGAAGCUCUAUAGCAAAAAAUCAAGCACAUGGACCUAUGUUAAUUUUUGCAUAUUUCGAAUAUUAAGGUUCUUAAGUAUCUAUGUGCAAAGUUUGGUGAAAAUGACAUGGAUUUCACUUUAACUGUGGAACGUCCUUAAAAGGUAAUCUAUCAGGAUUAAAAGUAAAUCCCAAGUUCGAUUGGUCCCUAACCAUAGUCUGACUGGAUUUAUUUAAAUCUCUGAAAUUUAUGCUGCCUAGUACUGUCUCAAUCAUGUCAAUGAUGACUUGUAAGUCACAAGGUUUGAGGAGUUUUCGGUGCAUAUAAAAUGAGAUAUGAAAAAUAGACAGUUUAUAUCUAAUCCUAAAUGUUUAUUAUUAUAAUUCAGGAGAAAACUUUCUAGUUCUUGUUGAGACUAUAUAUUUUAGCUUCCACUACUUCAUAUUCAUCCAUGAAAUCAUGAAAUAAGGGGAACGAAAAUUUUGCAAAAAUAAUUGCAAUUAAAGUUCAUAAUUUGCCACAAAUUGCCUUGAAUAUCUGGCAGAUUUUUUUUUUCAAAUGUGUCACAUCAUUUCAAAUCGUAGAGGUGCAUUAUUUCUGCACGUUUGUGAUUGAAAUUAUUGAACAACUUACGAUUGAUAAUUCAAGUAGUAUUCUUUACCGUCCAUUAAAUUAUGAGAAAAUGUAUUAUUGAGGUUUACCAUAAUAUCGCAAAAUAGAUAGCUUGAGAUAAAACGAAAUUCUAUACCAUAACACAUUGACAGUUUAAUGGCGCUUAAGAUAUAAUUCUUUAAAUGACCAAUUUAAACCACUUCCACUUCCACUGUUAACAAUGUCCAAAGCAAACGAUCAUUCUGAUUUCUGAGAGAUAUAUUUAAAAAGUUGUUUCCCGUUGACGGAUACGCUUCAUAAUGGGAUCUAAGCGGUUAAAAAUGUGGAUGAUAACAACAGAACUGACAUUGAAAUCAAAUUCUUUCACUUACAUAUAUGUUUUUCCUUAUAGAAAAUAAAAUAUUAUUGUUUGAUGUCCAGUGUCCACUCAAAAGAAAAACAGGUGUUUAUUUAGAGAGUGACAAAGAAUUACCACUUUUUUCAAAUUAUCUUUCAACUAUUUAACGAAAAUCACAUGUUAAUCUCUCAAUGAAAAGGGGUAGCUUAUUUAUAGUGAGUAUACCAACUCGUCACUUUGGAUUUUAAAUGCCGCUUUUCCCUGUUCUUCAGAUGUCUCUCAAAUAAAAGAGAAAGAAAUAGUUUCCAAAUUCCUAUUAUCAACAUCUUUCGCAGUUCAAGAUAUUAUCUUAAAGGACAAGUCCAUCCCAACCACAAGUUGAUUAGAAUAAAAAGAGAAAAAUCCAACAAGCAUAAAACUGAAAAUUUCAUCAAAAUCGGAUGUAAAAUAAGAAAGUUAUGACAUUUUAAAGUUUCGCUUAAUUUCACAAAACAAUUAUAUGCACAUCCUGGCUGGUAUGCGAAUGAGGAGACUAUGACAUCAUCCACUCACUUUUUCUUCUGUAUUUUAUUAUAUGAAAUAUGAAAUAUUCUCAUUUUCUCCUCAUUGUCAUACAAUGAUUAAUUCUUCCUUGAACGUGUGGAAUUAGCAUUGUUUAAUACUAUAUGGUUCAGUCAAGUUGGUCUUAUUUUCAAAUCUAUAAAAAUUGAAAUAUUGUAUAAUUCAAACAAUAAAAAACAAAAGAAAUAGUGAGUGAUGGAUAUCAUCGACUGACUCACCUAGUUGUGCAUAUCACUGUUUUGUGAAAAAUAAGCAAAACUUUAAAAUGCAAUAACUUUCUUAUUUUACAUCCUAUUUUGAUGAAAUUUUCAGUGGACUUGACCUUUAAUGCCAUGUGCACGCAACAUAAAUUCAAAGUCUGAUUUAAUGCUACGAGUAGUUUAUGGUUAAUGAAUUUACUAGUUAAUGAAUUUACUGACCUAUCUAAUAUUAAUAAAAACUCACUUCUAAAAAGCACAUUCAUUGUCUUUGAAAUCACAUCCGUCAUGACAAUGUUUUCAGUUUAGUGUAGUAGGUUUCACAGUACCCCAUGUAUCUUUCUUGGGCAAGUGUUGGUCCUGAAAGGGACCACCCAACACUUGCCCAAGAAAGAUACAUGGUGUACCGUGAAUACUACACUAUAUUUCUUCGCCAUGAAAACCUUCAGAAGUUAGGUUUUCAAUGUGUACUAGAAUUGAUUUCCUUGAGAUUCUUUGAAAAUGGCUUGUGAAUUGUUUUACGUCACAUUAAGGUUGUUAUUUCAAAUUAGCCUAUAUUUCCAUACUUUGUUUUAGUCUCGCCCCCAGUUUAUGAUCUUUCUCCAAAAAUAAAGAAUAAGGGUGAAGGGGUGCUUGAUAAUUCGAGGCAUUUAUGAAUAAUUUAUGUACUUACUUUCAAAACUUAUCAAAAUUCCUGAAUUCAAAAUAGCACCUUGAGAUUUUAAACUCCAUCAAAACAUAAUCAUGAUAUUAUUUAUUUUCCUGUUUGUAAUAUUCUGUUCAAUUCCUUUUCAUCGAGAUUCAAAGAAUAUCGAUUGUAUUCCAUUUUACAUUUUCUUGCUAUAAUUGUCGGUUCUUCUUCGCCUAUAUACGUUCAUUUUUAUAGUUUUUAAAGCAUAUAAAGUAUUGUAUCUUCAUUUGUCAUUAACCUCGGUCUUUUGUAUAUUUUCAGUCAUCGAUCCUCUGAUAAAUUAACAAAUUAUACAGUAUAGGAAGAAAAAAAAGAAAAAUAAAUAUUUCAUAAUAAUAUAUCUUCCUUGCAAAAUCUGCACAUCAAGCCCCCCCUAAAGAAAAUGACUUCAAAUCUAUUUCAUCCACAGUGUGCGAACAUUGCUUUUUGUUGACCCCCUCUUUUCCAUAAUACUAAUAAUACUCUAUUUCAUUUCUUUUCAAGUCCGUAUUAUAAUGACCGAUUAUGUUAUGGUAAUAAUAUUCAUCAGUUAUUUUGUCUUUGAUUUAUAUCAAUUUGUAUUGUUUGAAUUUAUGGAAAGAAAGAAAAGGUACUGGAUUUUGAAUCUGCAUAUACCACUGAACUAAAUUAUAUAUUCUGCUGAAUCAAUAGGCUAUUCCUUUUACUAAAAGUUUGACCUUUGUAUUAUGUACUGAAUUGCGAAUCAAACAAGAUCACUUUUUGUAGGAGAUUGUCCGGUCACUGACUAAAUGAAGCUAUCACACCUCUCCUCUUGUGUUUAUGUAAAUGGGUGGUUGACAAAAUUAAAUUAAAUUUUCCCCGGUUUAGUUCUCAGAAAGAAGCGGAGAUAAAGAUGUCACUCAAUCGACUGAUAAGGAAGUAGGAAAUGCCUUGAAAAUCGUUUAGAAUGUGAAGGUACUCUAACAUCCUCUUAGAUUUUCGUAACUAUCAUUAAUUUGAAACUAUUUGAUUGUUUUAUAUAAUUAUGAUGACCAAUUUUCUUUAUAGUGUGUCAAUUGAAUCUUGUAAAUAUAUCUUUGAAGUAUAAUAAAAUUGUUUUGUUCAUUAUA